AUGAGAAAGCCAUGCCUCUUGCUCACGCAGCCCCUACACUUGACCGUCCCCUUUCCCCAUAGACUCCCUCUCAUAGCCAGCCAGCCAUUUCUUCCCCGUCCAAUUUAUCGUGCAUCAUCUUUAACUAGCCACAAAGAAACAUAUGAAGCUGGAGGCUAUCAUCCAGUUAAAAUCGGUGACUAUUUCUACCAUCGCUAUCGGGUAGUUCAUAAACUUGGCCACGGUACAUACUCGACCAUAUGGCUGGCCCGCGAAGAAGUUUCCAAUAGAUAUGUUGCAUUGAAAAUCUACCGUGAUUUGAUUCCUACAAUCUCAGAUAUCUUCAACAUAAAAGGCCCCAAUGGAUAUCACACAUGCUUGGUCACCAGACCAGCACGAAUGAGCCUGUCGGAUGCAAAGAAUGGAUCAUGGAUCAGUCUCUUUCAGCUCGAGGUAUCCCGAGCGAUAGUAGCGCAGCUCAUGAUUGCUAUCCAGUACAUCCACUCCCAAGGUAUCGUCCAUGGGGACCUUCACCGUGGGAAUAUUCUACUUCGGCUUUGCCGAGACUUUGAUGAGCUGUCGACUGAAAUGCUGUACGAAAAGUAUGGAGAGCCGGUUCCCGAGCUAGUCAAUCGACUGGACGGUCGAGAAAUUCCGCCAGAGGUGCCACAACAUGGUGUAAUACCUAUAUGGCUCGGAGCCGCAAGUGAGAAUGUGGCGCUCCCAGAAGCCACGAUAUGUCUUUCAGACUUUGGCGAGGCAUUCUGUCCGACGCAGGAACGGAAAUUCAAGUCUCAUACACCUCUGCUGGUCCGUCCCCCGGAGGCCCGGUUUGAGCCAACCCGGCCUCUGACCUUUUCGUCUGAUAUAUGGACACUUGCCUGCACCAUCUGGAAUAUUAUGGGACAAAGAACACUAUUUGAAGGCCUCCUUACAAAUGAUGACGACAUGACUAGCCAACAAGUUGACCUACUUGGCCCGCUGCCUUCCGAUAAGUCGACUCAACAACCUCCCGCAUCUUCGACUCAGGCAUGGGAGGAUCGGUUCGAAACACACAUGCAGCAGUCGCGAAUACGGGAGGGAAUGCUGCUUUUUGAAUCAAGGGAACGUGAUGCUUUCAUCUCGAUGUUACGCUCUAUGCUUCGCUUCAGGCCGGAAGAUCGCCCUUCUGCUCAACAGGUCUUUGAGUCGGAAUGGAUGGUGAAAUGGGCAUUGCCUGAGUAUGAGAAGAUUCGCAGUCCCAAUUAA